AUAAAGACACGAGAGUAAGUGGCUCUGAGAGUCCACAUCUGAAUCAAGAUGGCACUAAAGCUGCAGCUUUGCUUCCUAGUCUUGUUUGUAAGGGGAUCCAUUGCAGUGCAACAUUUGACCGUGAUGGAGGGUGAGACACUAACCAUGAAGUGUCGCAUUAGAAAUGCCGAAGGGAGCCACGUGGAAUGGAAGAAUCCUGAUGGGCAUGUUAUGUUUUUUAAUAACCAGAAGGCCCUGAAGGACAAGCGCUACAAGAUAAUAAACUUGUCUGAGUCCGUUUUUUCAGUCAGUGUGUCUGAUGUCACCUUCAAAGAUGGAGGCCUCUACACAUGUUUACAUUACAUUCACAAAGUGCCUGUAGUGAAGUGGGUUAAUGUGACAGUUUUAGGUAAGCCAAAAUUGGAGAUAACAGAACACAAUGGAAAGACUGCCAUAAAAUGUUCUGCAGUGGGAAAUGGCCAUCCUCCCAAAAUCUCAUGGCUGUUUGAGAGUGGGUUAGAAAUGUAUGCUCAGCCUCAGUCCCAGUAUCUGUUGGACAAAAACACAUAUUCCUCCCUGGAUAUCUUGCAUGUUCAGUCCUACAAGAGGAGAGUCACAUUGAAAUGCAUUGUUCGCCAUCCAGCCUUACACAAUUCAUCCCUGAUGAAUUUUGUGAAAAUUGGACAGAAUCCCACUGAGGAAUCACACUCCACUACGAGAGUCUCUCAUUGGCUCAGUACAGGUCUAACAGAGGUACCAACAACAACAACAGUCUCCCGUUGGCAUAGUACACAGGGGUCAACAGAAACACCAACAGCUACAGCCUUAGAUUGGCCCAAUACAGAGGGAUCACCAGCAUCAACCCCUGACUUACAACUCAGGACUCACAAUUGGUCGUCAGUGUCCCAGACAACAGAGAACACACCUCAUAAUGGCACAGGACACAACUCCAGCAAUGCUAAAGGAAGUUUCUUCAAUGAUACGGAGACGCAGAAAGGAACUGGAGGAAGUGCGCUGUUGCUCAUCUUCCUUGUGACAUGCCUCAUCCUUGGUCUGCUUGUGGUUGUUUCGCUCUUCGUGAUCAAGCUGAGGAGGGCUCACAUACUCUGGAAGAAAGUUUUGAUCAUUACAGAAAAUGAAGACUCGGAUCAAUCUGUGGAAAGCAACAAAUCAAAAUCAAGCAAUGAGGAAAAACAAUCUCGAGGAAGAAGGGGCAACGGACUCUUUAACAUCAGAUUCACAAAGUAUGUCGUUGAGGAACCCAUGGCAACAGAGACGAUGACAACAACAACAAACACCAAAACAGAAGAGGAUCCUGAAAUUCAAGUCAUCCCACAGACAAAUGGAGCAACCCAAAGCCCUCAGAUCAAGGAGAGGGAACUGUAACAUUUUCCAGUGUUAUCAUAUAGAGAUUUCACAUUGAAUUCUAAGUCAUCAUAAGCACCUUGAUGUUACACCAUAUUUUGGGAUGGAAUAUUGUUUUAAAACAUGUACUUUGAUAUGGUGGAUUAUUCUGUGUGUACACAGGCUCAUAAGCUGCUAUUAUGUAUGAUUUCAUUGUUUUAAUCAAAGUUUAUUUUUAUACUGAAAAACUAUGAAGAAUAUACAACAUAAGGAUAUGGAUUUUUUUCUGUAAAUAUUGUAUAAAUGUAUUGUAUUUACACACUAUCUUAUCACAAACUGUCUUUGUUUUGGUGAUUUCUCUAUUGGGCCACAUUGCUUUGAAUAACAAAUACCAUGAACUGUCUCCUGCCAGUUGAAUGCUUCGCUAGAACAAAACAUGCACCCUCCUGGGGGUCUCCUAAAAUCAGUUUAAGAGAAAUACUGCUACCGAGGGAAACCGUUUAGUACUUCACAAAUAAAUUGACUGGAAAAUUGCGUGCUACACUGUGGUAUGUGUAACAAAUAGUCAACUUGUUGGAACAGUAGUCACAGAAUGACAACACAAGCUGUUUCAACAGUUUGCAACUGAUCCAUUUCAUGCAAAAUCAAAGAAUGUUGUAUUUAUUGUGUCGACCCCACAAUAGUAUAUGCAUUGGUUGAAGCUCAAUGUUAAAUUCAAAUCUCCCUACUAAGUCAAUUUGACACCAAUGUCGAUGAAAAUGUGAAAAUCAACUUGAUCAGAGGUACACAACACUCCCCUUACUCUUGUCAUGAGCUAUCCAGCCGUUACCGAGAACCAUAUACCAGAUUUUUAACAGGGUUGUUAGCAUUAGGAAGAAAAUACAAUUUCUUGCCCAGACCUAGCUCAAUAUCUAGGUAUGGGCAAGAAAUAAAAACAAGACUACAGUGUCCAUAAAGUCACCAUUAGAAUUGCCACCUUUCGGGCUAAAUAAGUUUGU